CGAUGUUUUCCUUUCCAUCUCAAAUCAACAGCACCAAAAAUUUUCCUCAUCAAUUCCCAUUUCCCAAUCUCCCUAUCCCUCUCAUUUCCCCAAAUGGCUCUCCAAACAAAGGAACAGGAAUUCAUUUUCCGAUCAAAACUCCCUGACAUUUACAUACCAAAACACCUCCCUCUACACUCCUAUUGCUUUGAAAACAUUUCCAAAUUUGGCUCAAAACCAUGUUUGAUCAACGGUUCAACAGGGGAGGUAUACACAUACUAUGAUGUUGAUCUCAUUUCUCGCAAGGUUGCCUCUGGCCUUAACAAGCUUGGCAUUGGACAUGGAGAUAUUGUCCUUAUCUUGCUACCAAACACGCCUGAAUUUGUCUUUGUUUUCCUUGGUGCGUCACAUUUAGGUGCUACAACCACAGCUGCCAAUCCUUUCUUUACUCCAGCUGAAAUAGCAAAACAAGCAAAAGGGUCCAACGCAAAGCUCAUUAUCACGCAAGCUAGUUACUAUGACAAAGUCAAGGACUUGGCACAUGAAAAUAAUGUCAAGAUCAUGUGCAUAGACUCACCCCCGAAAGACUGCUUGCAUUUCUCAGAGCUAACACAAGCCAAUGAAAACCAAAUUCCUAAGAUCGAUAUCAGUCCCGAUGAUGUGGUUGCACUACCUUAUUCUUCAGGUACAACAGGGUUACCAAAAGGGGUCAUGUUAACACACAAAGGGCUUGUCACCAGUGUGGCUCAACAGGUUGAUGGAGAGAAUCCAAACCUUUAUUUUCACAGUGAGGAUGUGAUACUAUGUGUGUUGCCUUUGUUUCACAUUUACUCACUCAACUCGGUGUUGCUUUGUGGGUUGAGAGUUGGUGCUGCUAUUUUGAUCAUGCAGAAGUUUGAGAUCGGUUCUUUGUUGGAGCUGAUACAGAAACAUAAGGUGAGUGUGAUGCCUAUUGUGCCACCAAUCGUGUUGUCGAUUUCCAAGUCCCCUGAUCUUCACAAGUAUGAUCUAUCGUCCAUAAGAAUGCUCAAAUCUGGAGGGGCACCGCUGGGGAAGGAGCUUGAAGAAACUGUCAGAGCUAAGUUUCCCAAAGCUAAAUUUGGUCAGGGAUAUGGUAUGACAGAGGCAGGUCCAGUAUUAUCAAUGUGUUUGGCAUUUGCCAAAGAACCAUUUGAGGUGAAAUCAGGAGCAUGUGGCACUGUUGUAAGAAAUGCAGAAAUGAAGAUUGUUGACCCUGAAACUGGUGCCUCUUUGCCUCAUAACCAACGUGGAGAGAUUUGCAUUAGAGGAGACCAAAUCAUGAAAGGUUAUGUUAAUGAUCCAGAGGCCACGGCUAGAACUAUAGACAAAGAAGGUUGGUUACAUACAGGAGAUAUUGGCUUAAUUGAUGAUGAAGACGAGCUCUUCAUUGUUGAUAGGUUGAAGGAACUUAUCAAAUACAAAGGGUUUCAAGUAGCCCCUGCCGAGCUUGAGGCAAUUCUACUCACCCAUCCUAACGUCUCUGAUGUCGCAGUGGUCCCCAUGAAGGACGAAUCAGCAGGAGAGGUCCCUGUUGCAUUUGUGGUGAGAUCCAAUGGUUCUCAGGUCACAGAGGACGAAAUUAAGCAGUUUGUUUCUAAACAGGUGGUGUUUUAUAAAAGAAUAAAUCGGGUAUUUUUCAUCGAUGCGAUUCCCAAGUCGCCAUCAGGAAAAAUCUUGAGGAAGAACUUGCGUGAAAAACUGGCAGCCGACUUUUCAAAGUGAAUGAAUGAAUACACAUAUUGCAACAAGCUCUGAAGAUGAUGCAUCAUACAUAGCUAUAUGAAAGCUAUUGAACUUUGCUACCACGACUUUUUUUAAUUAGUGUGAGUUUGGAAAGAAAUCAUGUAUAAAGGAUCGCAAUUGCAAUUUUCAUUGCAAGAACACUAUUACUUUAAUAAUUAACACAUAAGCCUCCGUUUGGAUACA